AUGUCGCAAACUACAAAGUCAAAACCACUACCACCGAGAGUUGAGUUCCAGCGCGGCGAUAGUGGUGGUAGCAGACGUGUCCACCAACACGUGGCAGUGGAUGACUGGAUGAGGAGAGUUCCGUCGUCGGAGAUGCUGAAUACUCAACAGCUUCUUGAGAUGGCUUGUCGCCUCCCCUAUGAUCAUCUCGUUCGCUGUCUAUGGGAAUUUAUAUGUUUAUGCAUACCUGAUUCCUACGACACUUUAUCUACUUCUGAUGAUGAUGAAGUUGGAAGUUAUGCUUGCUUUUGA